GUAGGAACACUUGGGGCGAGACCGCUGCUGCAUGCAACAGGUAUCAUCAAGCUCAGUAUGGCUUGCUGAAUUUACCCCACAGCUUACAAGGUCGUCUGCUCUUGUAGGGCGAAUGGCAGCCCUUUCACCACUGGAUACCUGGUCGGAAAAUAUUCCAUAACGUUUUCUGUCAUCCACUUUAUUGUCCUGUGUAACGGAUUUUCUUUCUUUCCUUUUUCCUUCCUUCCCUAGACCUACAGUAGUGAUGUAGUACAACAUUCGGCAGUACAACGGAUCAAUCUGCCGAUGAGGGUCCGGCCGGGCCUUCCCGUGAUGGAAUUGCCAUCAUCUCCAUAUAUCACCACUCACUUACUUACUACCUGCAGUGCUCUGCAGAGGCUCGGCCCGGUCGGGAGAUAUGCCUCAACAAAGAUGAUCUAUGAGACAUCAACUGUGAGUAUCCAUCUGCUGCAACAGAAUGGAGAUGGGGAGGACGGCGACUCACAAAACUUCGAUCUCUUUCGAUCACCCGCAGAGGUGUUGAUUUGACUUGAUUGCGAUUUGCCCCUCCCUUCCCGCUUCCCUAUGACCUGUAAUGCCCGUGCAAAGAUAUGGUACGCGGCGUGCCAGGAAGAAUCGUGUAAGCAGGACUUCCCAAAUAGGACGAUCUAUUGUGAGCUUGUUGAAACAAUGGCAGAAAGGUUUAAGGAAUAC